CCACCAGAGCGCACAGCAUUCAAUCGGUUCUUCGCUGUAUCUCCGCAGUCAGCACCACCCCCGACCGCACCACAGGCCCGCAGCAAUGCCGCCGACGCCGCGGAAGCUGAAGGCGCCGCCGCCCAAGACGCGGCGGCGGCCGCGGUCCCUCUCCCGCCUGGACUUCCUUUCGCCGGCGGACGGCGCGUGGUACGGCGCGCGCGUGGCGGUGCAGCGCGGCGCGCUUCGCGUCAUGUACGAGGAGUUCCCCGAGGAGCAGGACGAGUGGUACGACCCCGCGGCGCUGCUGGCAUCCUCCGCCGCGCGCGACGUCGCCGCGCUCCGCGCCAGGUUCCGCGCGGCGGCGCGGCCCCUGGAGGACGCCCGGUGCCGCGACCUCCGCGCCGGCGCGCCGCUCUGCGUCUCCUGCCCGCUCGACGGCGGCCUGCUCCUCAAGUUCUACGACGCCGUCCUCGAGUCCGUCGUGCCCGCGGCUCACGGGACCGUGGACGGCGAGGAGCGGUGCGCGUGCCGUUUCGCGGUGCGGUGGACGGGGGGGCCGCGCGCCGGGAGCAGGGAGGAGGUCGGCGUCGAGCGGGUCUGCUGCGUGCAGCCCUCGCCGGUGCAGGACCCGGUGCUCAAAGAGUUCCUGGACGGCGUGACCAGGCUGCUCGGCGAUGGCACCGGCGGGGGUGCGGCGGCGUCUCAGGAGAUCGGCGACGCCGCGGCAGCGGAAGGCGGCGUCCCUUCGGACGCGCCGCCCGGAUUUUACCGGAAAUUUGGGGCGAGGACGUAGGCAAGCAGCUUGCGUCUGGAUGUCCAUGGUUACGCGGCUUUGCAUUAGUUGUAUCCGACCUGUGUGUUGCUCCAAGGUAUCAUGUGCGCAUUUUGUCU